AUGGCCAUUGAUACCCCAACCAAUGGUUCAGUGACUAUUUUGUUGGUUUGUAUGAAUUAUUCUUUGACCAUUUAUGGUAAAGACUUUGGAGUUGACUUGAUUUGUUUGCCUCUGAGUCAACUCAAUGUUAUUUUAGGGAUAAAUUGGUUGGAAUUCAACCAUGUUCAUAUCAAUUGUUUUGAGAAGAUAAUGCUGAUUCUUGAACCCGGAGAUAGUACGUAUUCGAUAUUCAUAGCCUCCAAUCAAGUAGAGAUGUGCUUGAAGUGGGAUGAUCAGAUGCUCAUGAUGUUUGAUUCCUUGAGAGUGGAAAGCGAAACAGUGAGUGUUGAACUGCAUGUUGUUCGUGAGUUCCCUGAUGUUUUUCUUGAGGAUAUUAUUGAUUUGUUGCCUGAGCGUGAAGUGGAGUUGGCUAUAGAUUUAGUACCUGACACUAGACCCCUAUCGAUUGGACCAUAUAGAAUGUGCACGUCAGAGUUAAGCGAGCUGAAGAAACCGUUAGAAGAUUUGUUGAAGAAGAAGUUUCUCAGACCUAGUGUGUCGUUGUGGGGAGCGCUAGUGUUAUUGGUUGAGAAGAAAGAUGGGAGCAUGAGAUUGUGUGUGGAUUAUCGAUAG